AUGAGUGGAUUUGGUGGACCUGGUGGAGGUGCUGGAGCUGAAGGAUUUGGUGGUCAUGGUGGAAUGAGUGGAAAUGGCGUUAUUACUGGUGCGGAAGCGAAGAAAUGGAAACAAGAUGCACAGUAUGCCUUUAGUAAACCUAAGCAAGUUUCUCUUUUAACAGACUGGCUCGGUUUUCGACAAAUCGAUUUAGCUGGUGCAGAAUGGAUUAUGAAUUCUACUGAUCAAUCAAAUCAAUGUGAAGUAGCUCGAUUACUUGCAAGACAGUGUACGGAAGACAGAGCCAAAGUCAAAGCUCAAUUUCGUAAUCAUAUGCACAGCGAUAAUUGGAUAACAGUAUUUGGCAAAUAA